AUGCAACCGGUGGCCAAGAAGAAAGGAUCGAAGCGUCUGCCUCCACCGCCUGCCCUUGGCGCAACGGCUUCCGACAGCGCCCCGCCUUCAACGACCGAGCUAUCCUCCUCCCCCUCCUCUUUCACAUCCGCGCAGACCUACCCUCGCCUGUCGCCGCUUGCCACGAGCGGAGCUUCGCCCGCCGCCACUGCCGGAACCGCCCCGCGGGCGAUGACCCUCCGCAACUUCACCUCCUCCUCUCCGUCCGCUUCACCGUCGCUCGCGUCGUCCCUGUCUGCUUCUUCGGCGUCGCCGGUGGGGGCGCCCAGACCGAUGCCCGGCCUGGGUCUCUCCGCUUCCAUGCCCGCACAGCAGCAACAGCAGAAGAGCAACGCUUCAUCGUCGCCUUCGCUGUCUUCGUCAUCGCCGUCACCGUUGUCGACGUCGCCGUCGGGAGUGGGCACGCUGAGGCGGCCGCCGCGACCCACGCCGCCGCCGGCCUACACCAAAGGCGCGCAGCUGCCCCCGCCCACGAUCCGGUCGCCCACGGGCUCGCCCCUAAGCUCUCCCUCCUCGUCGCAGCGGGACGUGGCGACCCGGCAGCCCGCCACCGUCGCCGUCGUGGCUGAAACUGUCGGCCGGCCGCCGGCCCAAGACAACAGAGAGGUGGGGGCUAUCACCGACAAGCUGGGCACCUUCAUUCGACGGCUAGAGAACGUUGAGAAGCAACAGCAACCGCAGCUCCAGCCGCAGCCGCAAGCUCAACCAGAGCCGCAGCCGCAGCCGCAGCCGCAGCCACAGCCACAGCGGCAGCUUCAAGCCCAGACUAUUCGACACACGCAGUCGCAGCCGAUAUUGCGGCAGCCGCUGGAGCCGGCGCUGUCGCUGUCGGCCUCGCAAGUGGAGCUUCAGCAGCGGACGCGCUCGCGCUCGCAGCCGCAGCCCAGCAACCUUUCGCCACAGCAGCAGCACCGGCAGCUGAUACUGCAAUCGUUCGUAAUCCAGGCCCAGCCGCGCCACCAGCAGCAGCCCGCCGAGCAGUCCGCGACGUCGCUCCACCACAGCCACCCGCUGCCGCUUCACUUGCGGCAGGAGGAGAUGUCCGUGGCGCGGAGGGUCAUCUCAGCCGGCGGCGCCCUGGAAAAGAGCCCCGGCGGUGCUCGGCCGCUGACGGCGCAGGACAGAAACGUGCGGUCGGCCGACGAUCUGCGGGUGGUGCAGGAGCGCGGCCACAACAACGAAGAGAAAGCGAAGAGACACGACGACGGUGCGACAGAAAAGAACGAAGCGAAGCAGCAACACCAGCAGUCGCAGGAGGAUGGAGUCGAGGGGCUGAAUCGGACCUAUAGAGUCUUGUACGACUUCACCGGAUCGAGUGCCUCCGAACUGACCAUCCAGGCUGGAUGGAUCGUCAAGGGCGGCGAGACGGGCAACGGCUGGCUGGAGGCCACCUACGCUGGCAAGUUCGGCUUCGUGCCGUUCCAGUACGUCCAGGAAAUCGACGCGGCCGGCAACCCGAUCGAGACGAAAGGCGAAGACCACGAAGAGCCUGUCGACGAGGACGAUUCCUACACCGACGAAGAGUUCGGGACAGAUGAAGACGCUUCGUCCACGUCAUCCAGCACCAGCACCACUCCCUCUCACACCCCGCGGGGAAACGCACCGCCACAACCCUCGCCGGCUUCCGUUCCAACUCCGACGCCCACGCCUGCGGCUGCAGCUCAGCCCGCGGCUGCGAUGCCGUCGCCCUCGCCCUCGCCCACGCAGCAACCGCGGCCUCCCGUGCGGAUCCUGAAGCCGAUGCAGGUGCCCACCUUCCAAACGACGCCGCCGAUCGUCACGCUGCCCGUGCCCUCGUCGCCGCGCGCGGGAAGCCCCGAGCCACCAGCGAGCAGCACCAGCACUAGCACCAGCACCACUACCUCCAGCAGCGCUGCCACCUCCCCGCGCCGAUUCUCCAUGCACCCGGUGGCCACGCAGCCGCGGCCCUCACCACCCCAGCCGCAGCAGCCAUCGGGGCGGCCGGUGGUGCCGGUGGGGCGGCUGGGCUCGAGCGCAUCGUCGACAACGCCGUCGUCGACACCUUUGUCGACGCACCCGCACCUCUUUGCGACGCUCGCCUCCUCCGCAUCGGCGACUCCGGUGCACCCCGCCGCCGCCGCUGCCCGCCCGGUCCCACCGCCCAAGCCCAGCCGGCCCAUCGCCGUCGGACCUCCAUGCGACCCGGCCGCGCCGCCGCAACCGGGCGCAACGCGGACGCCGCCCGUUCUGUCCCCGCGGCACACGAUGGGUCCCUCGAUGCCGCUCCACCGCAAGGCGCACCCCACCACCACUACAACGAUCCCGUCCAAUCUCUCGCGUCCGCUCCAGCCAAUCCCCGCACCACGGCCGGUGGAGGCGGUGGUGACGUCAGCAGCACCGCCAGUGACUGCGGCGGCUCCGGUCCGAGGCCCGGUGGCGAUGCCGUCCAACAUCAGCGGAUCGUUCCACGAGCGGAUGGCCCACCUGCUGAUGCGCAACAUGGCCGGCCAGAAGCCCGAUGCGCUCUGCCGCAGCGCCGCCGCCGCCGCCGUGUCGGAUGACGACGACGAUAACGACGACGAAAGCGAAGACGAAAUCGACGCCGAGGAAUGCGACGAAGAGGAAGGCGAAGGCAAAGUGUGGGUCAAGGCGCUCGAGUCGUACGGCGCCCACGAGGAUGGCGAACUCAGUCUCAAGCAAGGCGAACUCAUUCUUCUUCUCGACUACGAUGGAGAAGACGAGAGCGGGUGGUGGGAGGCUGAAAAGCAGGACCGGAGCAAAGGCCUCGUGCCGGCUUCGCACGUUGCGCUGUGCGACAGCCAGGGCAACCUGAAGGACCCGCUCGACGCCGCCCGCUUCGGUGCCCAGUCGACGCCCGAUGACGACGACAACAACGGCGGCAAUGGCGAUGUCGGCGACGGCAAGAAGCGCGGCGGCUGGCGCGAACGCAUAGAGCGGAAGCGGCAGGAGAUGGUGAGCCGGCGCAUUGAGCGGGAGCGGAGCAGGCUGAGCGGCGACACCAGCGAAGCCGCCAUCCGCCAGGCCGUGCUCGACGAGGAAAGCGGCUACGUCCGCGCCAUUCACUCCCACCGAACCAGAGCAAAAGAUCAAUUGAGCUUCAAGAAGGGAGCGAUCAUCUACGUCACGGAAAUGAAGGAGGACGAGAACGUGCUCUUCGGCACCAUCAUCAGCAAGAAGAAGCUCAGGAGGAAGCCCAAGAGCGGCUGGUUCCCGGCCAAUUACACCAUCCUCACCGACGCGCCCAACUGA